AUGAAGUUAUGGUCACAUGAUUGGAAGGCACACAAUAUUCUCAUAUUCGCUUUAGGUGUUGAUGAGUAUUAUCGUGUUUCCCAUUGUGAAACUGCCAAAGCUAUGUGGGACGCAUUAGAAGUUGCCCACGAGGGAACUAAUGAAAUUCAACAAGCUAGAGUUAACACAUUGAAUCAAGAGUUUGAGCUAUUCCGUAUGAAGUAUAAUGAAACCAUUGACGACAUGCAAAAGAGAUUCACAUAUCUUAUUAAUCGGUUGAAUGCUAUAUGUAAGCAUAUUUCCAAUGAUAUUGAUACUGAUAAGAUUUUGAGAUGUCUUAAUGGGGAAUGA